GUCCCUCGGCCUGAUACUGUAGUGCCGAGGAGCCCGUGCUGGAGGCGGUGUGUUGCUCUUCAUUGUUCCAGCAGAAAGCUCGGUGCAUGGUUUUCCCACAUUUGUCUCAAUGGCUACCGCACAGAAACCACGUCCCACCUGAGAGGGAGCGGUUCGGCUGCGGAGACGGGACUGGCUGCUGGAAACUUGAGCGCUGACUGGGAUUUAGUGUCAGCGUUGAAAAGGAAACAGAAAAGCUCUUAGUGACGGACUUACUGUGGACCCUGAAGAAAGACGGGGACGGGAACAGAGGCGCCUGCAGCUCGACAGCCCCUCACUGUAGCGUCCGUCACCAUGGUCGAACCAGCCGACAGGCCGUCCACGGCCGGACAGAGGCUGGGCGCCCCUGAGAGCUUUGGGGUGUCCACCUUGGAGCCGGGCCUGCGUCCUCCCGCCCAGCCUCAAGGACGACAAGUCUCCAUAAGGGUUCAGAUGCUCGAUGACGCACAGGAAGUCUUCCAGAUACCGCAACGCUCCCCCGGCAAAGCGCUCUUUGACCAGGUUUGUGUCCACCUCAACCUGUCAGAGGGGGACUAUUUUGGACUGGAGUACACGGACCACCGCAAGAUGACGCUGUGGUUGGAUCUGCUGAAGCCGACGCUGAAACAGAUCAGACGGCCUAAGAACACCAUCCUUCGCUUUGUGGUCAAGUUCUUCCCCCCUGACCACACGCAGCUCCAGGAGGAGCUGACUCGGUAUCUGUUUGCCCUGCAGAUUAAACGCGACUUGGCCUGUGGGCGCCUCAUCGGUAACGACAACAGCGCUGCUCUCAUGGUCUCGCACAUCAUUCAGUCUGAGAUAGGAGACUUCGAUGAGACCCAGAGCUGGCAACACCUCCUCCACAAUAAGUACAUGCCCGACCAGGACGCCAUCAGAGACAAGAUCAUCGAGUGCCACCGCAAGCAUGUCGGACAGACUCCUGCAGUCUCAGACUACAAACUGCUGGAAAUCGCUCGGCGGUUGGAGAUGUACGGCAUCCGUCUGCACCCAGCCAAGGACCGAGAGGGUACCAAACUCAGUCUGGCUGUUGCACACACUGGAGUUCUGGUUUUCCAGGGGUACACAAGAAUUAACACCUUCAACUGGUCCAAGGUUCGCAAGCUCAGCUUCAAACGCAGAAGGUUCCUGAUUAAACUCAGAGCUGACCCCGCUCAGAACGCCCACCACGACACGCUGGAGUUCGCCAUGGCCAGCAGGGAUUGCUGUAAGAUCUUCUGGAAGAUCUGCGUGGAGUAUCACGCCUUCUUCAGGCUCUUCGAGGAGCCCAAGCCCAAACCCAAGCCCAUCCUCUUCACCAGAGGAUCUUCGUUCCGGUUCAGUGGUCGAACUCAGAAGCAGGUCAUCGACUAUGUGAAAGACUCAGAGCUCAAGAGAGUUCCGUUCGAAAGAAAGCACAGUAAGAUUCUGUCCAACAGCAGCAUGACCCCCGAGUCGUCUUCCUUCAGAUCGCAAGUGCCAAAAGAGAGUGCCAUGUCUGUGCCAUUAGCAGAUCAGCCGGACUCAGUCAGACUGGGUCAUCAAACUGACUCUAAUGGUCCAGAGGAGCCCCCAGUGGUCACAUCCUCCACCAACGGCUUCCAUGAUACGCCAGCAGCGCCUGGCUCAGACCCGACUCAGUUCCGACAGAACCACAACGGCACCGGAUCAGCGCCGGACCCACACUUCCUCAACCCAGAAAGUCCAGGUUCAGAGGACUCUCCGAUGGGAAGUCCCCAUGUGGUCGUCAACGGCAGCGGCUCUGUAAAUGGACAGGGGACCGACAGCGCUGUUGUCCCGGUUGCAGGUCAGAGUCCCGAGGGUCGGCAGCUGUCGCCUCUCACCAGCCCGCUGCUCACUGACGCCGGGUGUGUUCGCAACGACGACGAAGAGGAGGCGAGGAGGAAGAAGUUUCCCACAGACAAGGCCUACUUCAUAGCCAAGGAACUGCUGACCACGGAGCGGACCUACCUCAAAGACCUGCAGGUCAUCACGGAGUCCUUCCAGGCUGCUGCAGGGAAAGAUGAGGCCUUCCCAGACUCAGUGAAGAACCUGAUCUCCACCAGCUACGAUCCCAUCUACAAGUUUCACCAGGGAUUCCUCAAAGAGGUGGAGCAGCGGCUGGCGCAGUGGGAGGGUCGUUCUAAUGCACACAUUAAAGGAGACUAUCAGCGAAUCGGUGACGUCCUCCUGAAGAACAUUCAGGGCCUGAGGCAGUUGACCAUUCAAAUGCAGAAACAUUCAGAGUGCCUGGUUGAGCUGGAGAGGGCCUGCAGGUCCAGCCGGAAGGUGGAGUCUCUGUGCAGAGACUUUGAGCAGCAGAGAGUUUGCUACCUACCCUUCAACAUCUUCCUCCUCAGGCCUCUCCACCGCCUGCUGCACUACAAACUCAUCCUGGAGAGGCUGUGCAAGCACUACCCGCCCACCCACGACGACUUCAGGGACUGCAGAGCGGCCCUGGCGGACAUCUCUGAGAUGGUGCUGCAGCUCCAAGGCACCAUGAUGAAGAUGGAGAACUUCCAGAAGCUUCUGGAGCUUAAGAAAGAUCUGACCGGCAUCGACAUCCUCGCCGUCCCUGGGAGGGAAUUUAUCAGACUUGGUUGCCUCAGCAAGCUCUCGGGGAAGGGCCUUCAGCAGCGGAUGUUCUUCCUGUUCAGCGAUUUGCUGGUGUACACCAGUCGAGGAAUGACCCCAUCCUAUCAGUUCAAAGUUCACGGCCAGCUGCCCCUCUACGGCAUGACGAUCAGAGAAAGUGAGGAGGAGUGGGGAGUCGCUCAUUCAUUCACCUUGUUUGGCCAGCGGCAGUCUGUGGUGGUGGCAGCCAGCUGUGCCUCAGAGAUGGAGCUAUGGGUGGAGGACAUCCGGAUGGCCAUCGACCUGGCGGAGCAGAGCAGCAGCCUGGAUGCUGACCUGCUGUCCAACAGCCUCUCCGACAACAAGCUGCUGGAGGACGGUGGAGCUGAGCUGGAGUCGGAGGAGGAGCUGUGCGGCUCGCGCUCGUCCCUGGAGCGCCAGGGUCACCGUGGUAACACCACCGUGCACGUCUGCUGGCAUCGCAACACCAGCGUGUCCAUGGUGGACUUUAGUGUUGCUGUGGAGAACCAGCUCUCAGGUAACCUGCUGAGGAAGUUUAAGAACAGUAACGGCUGGCAGAAACUGUGGGUGGUCUUCACCAACUUCAGCCUCUUCUUCUACAAGUCACACCAGGAUGACUAUCCUCUGGCCAGCCUCCCCCUGCUGGGCUACUCUGUCACCGUCCCCUCUGAGUCGGAGAACAUCCACAAAGACUACGUGUUCAAACUCCACUUCAAGUCCCACGUGUACUACUUCAGAUCGGAGAGCGAGUACACCUUUGAGAGGUGGAUGGAGGUGAUCCGCAGUGCCACCUGCUCCGCCAGCCGCUUGCUGCCAAGCACCAGGAAAGACCUUUACUGAUGAGUCUUCCUCCCUCUGCUGCACAAAGAGACUCUCGCCCGAGUGAAGACCUGAAUUUUGGGCUUCACACACGCCAGAAAAGACUUGCUAAUGAAUCGCACAGCAGGCGCUCAAAUCCACACUAAUUAAUACCUCUGAAGAGUUGAUUCACACACACACACAAACACACACACAUCGCCCAGAGGUGCUCCCACAUCACCUCCACCUUCUUAUUACACACUUUCUGCACCGCUAGUGUCUGAUCAGAGUGCAAACUGUCUGUUUGUCCACAAUUCAUUAUUUCCUUUUUUCCUCCACCAAACUGGCUGCACAAAGUCACGAGCUUUUAGGUGCCUGUUAAAUUUUGAGUGUCACUCAUAUGCUCAACACAUGGGGCUUACCAGAAGUAUUUGAGACACUGAAACAUGACUCUGUGCAACGUUAAGAUUUUACGUGUUUCCUUGGUAAAUAUUUGUCCACCCUGACACAUUUGUGAUGAUAAAAAAUGUAUAUAAAAUGCUUGAAUAAGACCUAAACCAGGAUUUGGGACAAAAUGUUCACUACUGUGCUUGUGAACACACUCUCUGGCGAUUUUGUCUGUUAAUCUGUCUAAUUAGAUGAAUUAAAUGUGAUGCCAGUUUGGCCACAGUUAGAAAACAUCCAUCUUUUCCCUUUUUGUACGGUAACCUUUUGUACAGUACUUUGAUACACUGUGAAAUGCUCUGUUUUUCAUGUUCUCCUGUACGUUUUGUUUUCGUGUGAAAGGACAAAAGGCUUCCAAACUGCUUCCAAUGCCGACAAGAGAUUUCACUGGUUCAUUUGUCAAAUGCCUUCUCUUCUGUAUUCCUCCAGUUUUCUGGAUUUUAGUAUUCCUAAAUAAAGAUGAGAAACGAUUGUGUUCAUAUGGAAAAAAAAAAGAGACAACUCAGAAA